AUGAAUUCGCUCGCAGACAGUCCCAACGCGGUGCUGACAUCACAGUCCAUAAUCGAGCUUCAAGUCGGCACACCAGAUGGGCCAGGCCAAUUCUCCGGCUAUCAUUUCCACGAGAAGUUCCGCGCACACGAUUGGACGCAGAUCAGCAUCUAUCCUAACAAGAGACUGACGGAUGGCGUGUACUUCCGAAUUCCAUACGGUGAUAAAGAGCUCGAGGAGCAAAUUUUGAUGUACAGAUGGCUUGACAAUCCGCGCCCAGUCAUGAUCGAUAUCGGCCCGUGCCUUCUCAGAUUCUACGAACUCCGCAACUCUUCAUCGAUGGUAAUCAGAAAUCUGGUCGAGGUCUGGACGCGGGAUGUUCGCGACGAGACACCCUCCGAUCGCAAAGCCCUCCAAGGCAAGCUGAACAUUUUGCACACGCAUCUGUCCGAGUACAAUUGUGCGGACGAAAUCUUCCAUCUUUACUCUCACUUUUCCGCCUCCCGUCACUUCGACUCUCGUACGGAGGUUCAGGCUGAGGACGGUGGCUACAACAUUGACUUGCAGCUCUUCUGUCUCGACUUGGCUGAGAUGUUGGACGACAACACUCUCGCGCUCGCCGCUAUGCACGAGAUCACACAUGCUUGGAUCGACCUCCCAGGCCUAGAUGAUCCCAUCCGCAACUGGGCGCAAAUGACCUACUCCACUCUCGCAAAGCUGUUCAGGGCUCUUCCGUUUUCAAGCGACUUCCUCUAUCUCUUCCGCAAAAACAUCUAUGCCCGAUAUGAGCGUGAUCCUGGGUUGCCGGAGAACGCAGGGCUUCACAAUGUUGUCUCAACGAGCGAGGAGCACUUAUUCCAGAAAGGCUGGGAGCUUGUGGAGGCCCUCUCGAUACAGAAGAAGAUUGCGACUGAGAAUCCAACAGACUUGCCUCCGGCAGGCUACACGAAUACGAUGGGCUUCAUAGUCACCGUUCGUCCUCGACAUCAGUGGCCUCUGGAUGAUGGUGGGGUUGUGCUGUUGUCGUCAGAAGAUUCGUGGGAGCCUGUCUCCGUCGAACUCGGUCGAAACAAGGUACGUGUAGUGCGGAAAUGUAGCAGCAGUGCAAUGAAGGUAGCCGCGACCAAGCAACUAGACGCAUGGCGAUCCCAGAUCACGGAUUCCGACGUAAGCGACGAGCAUGACGAUGAAGAUGACGAAGAACCAGACACAGACAAGGAGGGAACAGCAGAUCGGGAUCUGCGACCAAGCAUUUAG